AUGCCACAAUCGAAUUCAUCAGCAUCUCCGACCUCCACUGUGUCCUCGCCGACCACACCAACAAAGCGUCAAGCAGGCUUCAUCAAUAAAAAUUCUGUCAGUACUUAUCCGGUUCGUGAGAAAACACAAUAUUUUUUCAGUGUAAACGACCAGGUUCAUGUAUUGGAAACAGCUGAUAAUAAGUCAAGACUGCAGUGGCUGAGAAAGUUGCAGAGCAAUCGACGACGACAUUAUGAACGUGAAAAUGUUGACGAUAUUUUGAAAGUGGAAAUAGUUUCCUUAUCAUCGCAUUCGGGUGAAAAUAAUGAGCAAGAACAGCAACGUUGUGGUGAUGAUCAGAAAGCAGAAAAUGACAACACGACAGGGGUAGAUUAUGAAGGAAGAGUCGCUGGUGACGAUCCGAGCGGACUAACGGGCGCAGAGCAAGCUCAAGAAGUAGUCGUGCCUGGUCCAAGUGAUGAGAAAUCUCUAGAGGAAGAACUUUUUGAGGCGACUCAGUCGACAUUCUAUCUGAAUUCUAAUGGGGAAUUGAAUGCGAAGAGUCUCGAAAUGCCAUCUCCGAUGCCACCAAGUACUGAGAUUCUCAAGAACGCAGAGGAGGUACUCGUGAAAAUCGCUGAUGAAACGAAAGCGCUGGAGGUACCGGCAAAACGAGUGAUCAGUAAAGCAAGAUCCUCAUUCAGGUUUUACUUUCUUCUCCUCAACUUAAAUGGUCGGGAUCCUCCCAAGUCUCCAGAAUCCGUGAACCAUCCCUACAUUUGUUCAGUGAAUAUUUCUUCAGCAGAGGAGUGGAAAUGUGUUAAUUUUAAACAAAAUUUGAGAAGAAUGCUCGUNGAACUGAAAGAUCGUUGUUAUGAGUUGACUGAUGAGGUGGGCGCUAAUCAAGAUAUGGUCACUGUUCUCAGGCAAACACUCAUCAAGGCGAAUCAUCAAAUCGAAAUUUUAAAGACGAUGGCCGAGUUGAAGAGUGCACGUGAUCGUGUGAAUUUCAUAUUGGAACGCGAAAGUGAGGUGAUCGCGUUGCAGUUGAAUGCCGCAGAACACAAUCGUGAAGUGAGAAAUCUGAAGCAACAUAUCAAAGAGUUAGAGGAACGUAAUAACGAGUUGAAUAUGGCAGUAGAGGCGUUUCGAGAUAGUGUUCGAACCAAAGAAGAGUUGAUUAUGAAGUUGUGCAGGGAGCAAGAUUUGGACGCUAGUAUCAUAAAUGAUGUGGAUGUGCCCGAAGGUAUUCUGGUUGACAUAGGGAAUCCGAAUGGUUUAGACGAUGGUGCACAACGGGUUUUCGAUGAGACGGCAGUGAACGAUGUUAACGAGAUGCGUGAUCUGGUGGAGGGAUAUAAAAAUCAGAACAUGUUUUUGAAUCAGGAAGUAUUGGAGUUACAGCGUAUCGUGCAGUCGUUAGAGGAGAGGGAACGGCGAAUAAUACGACAGAAUUUCGAUAUCGAGGCGUGCUAUUAUCAACUGAAAAGUCGUUACAUCAUGGUGCUGAAUCAUUUCAAAGAAGAUGCACCGUCCACUAGUGCUAGAGAUGUAAUCAUUUCUCUGAAAAAGUUCGAUAUUUCCUUCAAAAAUUGCGGGAUUGGUUUGUUGUUCAGAAGGCACAUUCGUGAGAUUUCAGUUCUGGAACCGGGUGUAAUUGAAGAGCUGAUCGAUGAGACGAAUUGGACAGCCGAAAAAAGAACGUUGGCAAACGAUAAAACUGAAUUGAGAGUAACCGACUCGUUGGGAUUCUAUUUGGAUAACGAUGCGAAUACUCGACGUCGACGGCAAACUUCAUCUGAUUUGUUGGAUGUCGCUGUGAAACUGCAAGAGAAAACGAAUAAAAUCAUUGGGCAGCAGAGAUUGGUCAGUUGUUUUCUUGCUCGUGGCCCGAGAGUUAAUGAGAUUUUGUUUAGAUCAUGUGUCAAACUGUCAAAAAUUUCGUGA